AUGGUGCAAAAUGCUACUGAACAAUUAGAAGGCCAUCAAAGAAAUCUGGACUUAAUUAAACAAAACGCCGAUCGUUUUAUAUCGUGGGGACAAAAUGAGCUAAUUGCCAGAAAUAUUGAAGCAGAUAUUGAAGAUAGUUUUCCCGAGAAAAGGAUACCAAGGGUAAAGAAAUUUUUUGAUGAGAAAUCGAGAGAUGAAAGGCCAAAGAACCUCGGCGAAGAAUUCAAAAUUACGACAUUGGACACUGCUGUUGAAUCGAUGAAAAAGAGAUAUGGAAAAAACAUGGAUGCUUGCAGAGGUAUGGCAAUCCUUAGCCCACAUAAUUUUCAAAAAAUUAGAGAUUCGGGAGUACCAGACAAUGCAUUCAAAUCACUGUCUGAGAAAUUGUUGCCCUUCAAUUCCCAAGCAACACCAGAGAGACUCGUUGAAGAAUUAUAUAGUUUCGCCUGCAAUUGGGAUAGCUUCAAACUCACAAUUAAUGAUUUUUAUAAACUUAGUCUCAAUCUCUUGAAUGAUGAAGAGGAAGAAGAGGGUAAUGAAGACGAAGAACACUGUAUAAUGCAAGCGACUCCCGCACCAUCAAAACCAAAACGAAAUUGCAAUAGCUGCAAAAAUUGUGUGACAGGCAAUAAUCGCUGGACGAUGUGUUACAGGAGGCCCCAAUCCUAUUUGUACCACCUGUGGCAUCCACACCAAACUACGACUUAA